AUUUAAUUUGUAUACUUCUGUAACUUCUUUAUAGAACCAACCUAUCAUGAUUAGUUGUUACCAGGUACAAAAACAUACUAUUAAAUACUAUUUAAUUUGUGAACAAUACUCAACUAUAAUGUAUUGCAUACAUUAAAUUAUAAAUGAUGUUUCUAAUGAUGUUUCAUAAUGGAUAUUAGAAAAUGUCUCAAAGAAUCCGUAUGUAUAUAAAUAUGUAUCCUUAGGAAUUAUUAGAUAUAUUUGAAAAAAAAAAGAAAAAUAUCUUGCAUCGAAAAGAAAAUUAUCCAUAGAAACAGUAUUGACUUGUUUAAUUUAUUAAAUAGUUAGUUUAUAUAUUGGUUAUUUUUGGGUUUUCAUAACAAUAACACAUUAUUGACGUCAGUGAAGAAACAAAACAAAAACAACAACAACAACAACAGCAACAACAAUCCAUAGAUGACAUUACAUUCCUGGAACUUUUGUAUCCUCUUCUGUCAACUGGUAACUUAUACAGUUUUAUAUAUACAUAUAUAAUGAACACUUAAAAUGCAAGUUGAUUUCAUUUUUAAAUUCUUCAUUUAUAUUUUAUUAUUAUUACAUAUUUAUAUAAUUCAAUCUAUUCCUAUUAAUGAACCAAAUGUAUUUUAUGUAAAUGAUGAUACAAAUGAAGGUCAACGGAUAGGUCGUAUUACACAUUUCAAUAAUAAUCAACAUAAUAAUGCUAAAACCGAUCAUUUCAAAGCUGUUAUUGUACGCGGUAAUCGUCCACCAGCUAUAUAUUUUCGUUUAAAUGAAAAUACUGGUGAUAUCUAUACACGUACUAUUAUUGAUCGUGAAGUAUUAUGUUUAAAACAAUAUCAAAUCAAUGAAAAUUUAAAUAAUAUACAAACAGAUAUAAAUAUUGAUUAUUCUCAAACAAAUUAUCAAUAUAGAUCAUCAUUAUCUAAUUCAAAAAUUAUAAAUCAAUGUAAAUUUACAUUUCAAGUAGCAUUACAUCGUAUAAUAUCAAAUCAACAAUUAAAAAAUGAUCAUACAAUUGAAUCAAAUUAUCCAUAUUUACCCGAAUUUAUUGAUAUUCAUAUCAUUAUUAUUGAUCGUAAUGAUCAUAUACCUACAUUUCAACCAAAUUCUAUGAUUAAUUUAUCUAUACCAGAAUCAGUACCAAUUGGUACACGUAUACAAUUACCAUUAGCUUAUGAUCCAGAUUCACCAGAAUUUAAUAUACAACGUUAUGAAUUAUAUCCUAUAACAAUAAAUGAUUUUGCAUUAUAUAUACAAACAACAGAUAUUAUAUAUAAUACAAAUUUAAUACAACAAAUAACUGGAUUAUAUUUAGAAGUGAAAACAAUACUUGAUCGUGAAUUAUGUGAUAAUUAUAUACUAGAAGUGAAAGCAUUUGAUUCAUCUAUAACAAAUACAAUUCAUUCAUCUAUAAAUGAUAAUCGUAAUAUAUUAAAAAUAUAUUUAACUAUAGAAGAUAUUAAUGAUAAUGGACCAAUAUUUCAACCACAAAAUAAUAUAACACAAUUAGAAUCAUCUAUAGAUAAGUUAUCUAAUACAAUAAUACCAUUAUCUAUAACCUCAUUAACAUCAAUACAAUCAAUCAAUAGAUUAUGUUAUAAAAUUGAUGUAAUUGAAUCUAGUUGGACAAAAUCUCCUAUAUUAAAAUUAAUAACAAAAGAUUUAGAUAGUAUAAAAUAUUCAUUAACUAAAUAUGAAUUUGCUAUCAAUACAGAAUCUUAUAUAAAACAAUUAUUUAAAUUAAAUGAACAUACGGGUGAAUUAUAUUUAAAACAACCAUUAGAUUAUGAAAAACAUACUAGUUAUACAUUUAAUGUAUUAGCUAUUGAUAGUGAAUAUGAUCGUCGUAGUAAAUUAGAUAAUAAUAAUAAUAAUAACAAUAAUAAUAAUAAUUUACAUUUAGUAAAUUCACGUAUACAACAAAAUAAUAUAUUUACAUCUACAGCUAAUAUAAUUGUAAAUGUAAUAGAUAUUAAUGAUGAAAUACCUAUUAUUGAAUUAGAUUAUUUAAGAAUAGAUGAAACAACUGGUAGACCAGCAACAUUUGCACGUAUUGAAGAGAAUAAUGAUCCACCACAAUUUAUAGCUGAUAUUUUAGUUACUGAUCGGGAUACUAAUACACUUAAUAGUCAUGUAAUAUGUACACUAAUAAAUAAAUCAAAUAGAAUACAAAAUAAUAAUAAUAAUAAUCAUAAUAAAACAGAUAUAAUUAAUAAAUCAUUUCAAUUAACUGAAGUUAAACGACAACCUGGUUUAGUACAAUAUAAUCUAUUAACUAUAAGUAGUUUAGAUAGAGAAAUAAAUGGUGCCAUGUUACGUGUAACUAUUCAAUGUAUUGAUUCUGGUGAAAUAAAAAAAACAUCUGAAGUUGAUAUCAUGAUACAUAUUAUAGAUUUAAAUGAUAAUAUUCCAUCUAUACAAUUGAUAUCACAUAAUUUACAUAAAACAACAAAAUUAAAUGAUAAUAUAAUUAAUUUAAAAGAAAAUACACCAACUGGUACAAUUAUUGCUUAUUUUAAUAUAACUGAUAUAGAUUAUGGUGAAAAUAGUCGUACAACAUGUAAACUUUUAUCAAUAAAUGAUCCAUUAUUAUUAUUAAAUAUAAAUGAAUAUUUUCAUAUUGAUCCAAUUACAUGUAAUUUAAUUACACGUAAACCAAUUGAUCGUGAAUUCACUUAUCCACCAUUAAAUGAAAUUGGAUUAAUAAUUGAAGUAAAUGAUCAUGGUCAACCAAUACAUAAAUCAAAUAUAAAUAUUAAAUUAAAAAUAAUUAAUGAAAAUGAUAAUAAACCAUUAUUUCAACAAAAAUUUUAUCAAUUUACAAUAAAAGAAAAUUUACCAAUUGGUGUCAAUGUUGGUCAAUUAAUUAUUAGUGAUUUAGAUGGAGAUUAUGAUCAAUUAAUUGUAAAAUUAAAUAAACAAGAACAAUUACCAUUUCAAUUAUGGAAAUCAAUAAUUACAUCACCAUCAUCAUCAUCAUCAAUUAUAAAUCAAUAUGAACCAAAUGUUAUUAUAUAUUAUUUAAAUACAACAAAAAUACUUGAUCGUGAAGAAAAAUCAAUAUAUGAAUUUGAAGUAUAUGCAAAUGAUAUAAUAGAUGAUAAUCAAUUAUAUAAUCAAUAUAAAUUAUCAAUAAAUAAUAAUAAUAAUAAUCAUAAAACAAGUACAACAGUAUUAGUUACAAUAGAAGAUGAAAAUGAUAAUGAUCCAGUAAUAAUAUUUCCACAACAAUCAGAUAAAAUAUUUAUUAUAUCAAAUUUAGAAAAAAAAUAUUAUCAAUUAAUGACAGUUAAUGCAAAUGAUAAAGAUCCUACAUCAAAUACAUUUAUAUUUAUGUUAGAACAAGAAGAUUUCAUAAAAAUCAAUAAUAAUAAUAAUAACAAUAAUACAUUAAAAACAAUUCAAUCAAAUCAAUUAAAUAUAGAUCAUACAAAAUCAUUAUCAUUAGAUUCAAUAAAUAAAUCACCAAUAAAUUCAUUUUUAGAUAUUGAUCGUAGUUUAGGUACUAUAUAUUUAAAUAGAGAUUUACAACAAAAUGAUACAGGUACAUAUAUUUAUUAUAUAAUUGUACAUGAUAGUAUAAUUAAUCCACGUACAGCUUCACUUAGAUUUAUUGUUAAAAUAGAAUCAAUACCAUCAUAUAUAAAUCAAUUAAAAUCAAAUAAUUUAUUAAAAAAUCAAUAUAAUGAAAAUAUAUUAAUGAAUACAAAAUAUAUAGAAACAAAUAAUGAUUAUACGACUUAUUAUACUAAUAAAAAAUUAUAUAAUUCUUCUAAUUUAUUAUUAUUAUCAUCACCAUCAUCUAUAUUAUAUUCAUCAUCUAAACAAUUCACACAUCGUUUAACUAAUGAUACAAUAUUAAUACUUUCAUUAGGUUUAAUAUUAUUAAUAUUAUUAGCUACAUUAUGUUUAAUUAUAUUUGCACGUCAUUGGUCAUCGAAUUCAACAAUACAAAAUCAUUCUAUAAUAACAUCAGAUAAAAUUCAUUGUUCUAAAUUAUUUUGUUUGAAUACAUCAAAUCAUAAACAAUUAAAUAAUAAUAAUGAUAAUAAUAUGAGAAUGGAUAAAAAAGAAGUUAUGAGCAUUUUACAACCAACACAUUCCCAUUCCUAUUCCUAUUCUUAUACUCAUUCACCAAAUACACAUAAUACUUGUUCACCAAUUAAUUGUAAUAAUAAUAAUAAUAAUAGUAAUAAUACAAUACAAUCAUUAAAUGAUUCAUAUAAACAAAAAAUAAUAGAUAAUGAUAAUAUUUAUUAUCAUGAUUGUAAACAAUUUACAUUAUUACCUAUUAUAACAAGUUCAUUGAAUUCAAUUAAUGAAUUAUAUCCAAUAGAUGAUUAUACAACAUUACAAACAAUAAAUACAUGUAAAUGUUAUACACCAUCAACAAUAAAAUCUACUACAUAUAAUAUAAAUCAUGAUAUAAAUGAUUCUAUUAUAAUACAACCUAUAAAACAUAAUACAUUGCAAUUAAAUCAAUUUACUACUACUACUAAUAAUAAUAAUAGUAGUAGUAGUUUUAAUAGUAAUAAUAAUAAUAAUAAUAAUCCUAUUUCAUACUAUACAAGUUUAUCACCUAGAUUAAAAUCGGAUCAUUUAAUUGAAAAACGUAAAGUAAGAAUUAUGUCAAUGAAUGAAAAUAUUGAUAAUGAAUUAGAGAAAAAUUCUCCUUCUGAAUAUUUAACAACUUGA